CCUGAGGUAGAUAAGUUCAAGUUCCUACCUCGAUAUAUCUGGUGGGAAACCCGGCCUGAAGUAAUGAAGGUGGCUGCUGGAGCAGGGGGAGACUGGGUGAACUUCAAGGCAGAAAUGCAGAGGCGAUUCAAGCUAGGGGAUGACUUGCUGACUAAGACGGAUUUGGAGAUGCUACAGCGGGAUGAGUUUUCCACGGUAGGGGCCUUCGCCACAGCAUUCGAGAAGAUGGCAAAGAAAGUCCCAGGGUUGGCGGAAGAGGAACAGUGUGCCACUUUCCUGGGGCACUUUGAAAAUUGGGAGGCCUCGUCGUUAACCAAGAAGGUUGCACCAGGAAAAAAACUGACUUGGGCCGCCAUAAAGGAAGGCGUGAUGGAAGGACAAUUGGACCAAGUAGACAUUUUUCAAAUGAGACAAGCCAGGAAGAAGAGGAAGGCUUUGGAUGCCACCACGAGUGAUGGAUGCGAUUUCAAGAAGAUGAUAGAGGACGCGGUGGCCCAGCUCGACGCAGAGAAGGAGGCGAAAAGAAAAACUAUGGCGGCACCACAGGCCCAAGGGAAAACCAAGAAGGUAGUGGUGCAGGAGGAAGCAGAAGAGGAAGAGGAAGAGGAGCCUGAGCCACAGAAGUUGACAAAGGCUCAGAGGAAGGCAAGGAACUUGGCUCAGGGGGGGCAAGGCUCAGGGAGGGGUCAGGUCCCGCAAGCUGCAGCCAUGCCACCUCCUGAGCCGCCCAGUCCGGCUGCACCAGCACACUAUGGACCAUGGCCAGGGUCGCAAGGAGGAUCUGGUAACUUGCCAAACGUCACGACUUCGGGGUCGGCGCCAAGAUCCGGAAUGACUUACAGACCGCCCUCCAGGACGGGGAGGGUGCCACAUGCUGUCAUGACAAGGGCUAAGGGGCCGGUGAGCCCCGAAGAACCGGCGAAGGAUGUUCCUGAGCCGAGUGGAGAAAAGGAGGUAGUGAACGUUCCAGAAGAGCAUGAUGAUGAAGAUGAUAGGUUGAGAAAAGAAGAGGAUGAGAAGGUCGAGGACAGGGCCAAGAAGAGAGGUGCCAAGCCUGAUACAGACAAGGCACAGGAAGUAAAGAAGAAGAAGUACGCCGUUCGAGUAGAAGAGGGGUACGAUGUAGAGGAAAUAAUGGACAAAAUCCUUGAGGGUCAUAAUCACCUUAUGAACCUGAAGGACGUACUAGCCUCAGCGCCAAGGCUCAGGGACGAGUUGAGAGCGCGACUAUCCAGGAAGAUGGUGGUCAGUGUGCGACUAGGGGCUAUAAUCCCCAAAGAGGCUGAGUGGGCCGAGACAGGCACGAAAAUGGACUGGAAGUCGGUGGCUUGCGAUUGCCUUAAUGUGGUGGUGAAAGGGAAGACAUGCACAACGAUGAUAGAUAGUGCCGCGGAGAUGAACCUCAUAAAAGAGGAACAUGCCGUGCAACUGGGAAUGAAGAUAGACCGCUCUGACAACGAGGUUUUAAUGGGGGCCAACAGUCGGUCGGUGUUCAUUGGGACCGCGUCAUCAGUGAUAUUGGAGAUUGGAAAGGUGAAGGUCAAAAGUUGUUUUUUCGUGAUGCCUGACCUAGACCACCUAAUCCUACUGGGUAGGUCAUUCCUGAGCCGGACGGAGACGACCAUCCUCAACAAACACGACGGAACAAGGUUCCUUGUCCUGUGCGAUCUAGUGUGUGGAAACUACGAGGUCAUAACUUGCAAGAACACAUGGCCCAUGAGCAUAAGGAACCGGCCCAACCCCGGUUCGUUCAUGAUUGAAGAAUCCAAAGAGGAGAGGUUGAGGAUAGAGGGUAGCAAGUUUGAAGAGGUGAGAGAGUCGGAGGCACUGACACUGAGCUUGGCAAACAUAGGCGAUGCUAUGGAUAUGGUAUCAACCUUUGGGAUGRCGGACCCAGAGGCUGUAGAAGCCUUCAGAGAAAAGGUGGUAGAACAGAUGGGUGCAGGCGAGAUGAAACUGGAGAAGCUUGUGGUGGAGACUAUGAGGGGAAGGCAUGCUGCAUAUGCCUCCAGUGAUGAUGAGAGGGGCCAACUGGACGUGGAUAUCAUCCCUAUGAUCAGGAUACACACCGUGCCGCACGAGCCAUGGAACUUGCAAGGUGCACGGUAUCCCAAUCCAGCUGAUGAAGAGAAGGUAGUCAACUACCUUGAUGGGAAAAUCCGCACUCAUGUGGCAGAUUACUCGAGUGGACCGUAUGCAUCCCCUUGGUUUUGCUUUGUCAAACCCAAUGGGACUCUGAGGUGGGUACAGGAUUUGCAGUGCCUGAACGCUGUAACAGUGAGGGACGCAGGUGACCUCCCCAACGCCGAUGCGCUUUCAGAGGCAUGCGUUGGGAGAGUCAUUAUAUCACUCAUUGACUUAUAUUCAGACUAUGAUCAGUUUCCUGUGUACCCAUCGGACAGACCGAUGACGACUAUGCAUACCCCUCGAGGGCUGAUCCACAUGAACGUUGAGCCGCAAGGAUGGACGAACGUGGUCGCCAUGGUCCAGCGGCACAUGGUGAGGGCGAUGCAGCCCAUAAGCCCUCACAUCACGCAACCAUACAUUGAUGAUCUGGCCGUGAAAGGGCCCAAAGAGAAGGAUGAGCAGGAGGUGAUGCCAGGGAUGAGGCGCUUCGUCUGGAACCAUGUGCAAGAUUUGUGCAAGGUCCUAGACUUGCUGAAGGAGCAUAACCUCACUGCCAGUGGAUCAAAAGCGAGGCACUGCAUGAGCGGGGCCACUAUCUUAGGAUUUGUGUGCGACGAGAGGGGUCGUCGGCCAGAUACUAAGAAGACUAACAAGAUUAUCGAGUGGCCGACACCGUUCCAGACCAUCACAGAGGUGAGGAGCUUUCUGGGAACGUGUGGGUUUUGGAGAAUCUUAAUUAAGGGGUUUGCGGCAAAGACGGAGCAGUUACGAAAGCUUGUACGUCAGGGACAAAAUUGGGAAUGGGGAGAAAGGCAAGAAUCGGUAAUAGAAAAUCUAAAGAAAGAGUUUGAAGAAGGAGGUCUAGUACUGGGAGUACCAGACCAUGCGGCGGUAAUGACCAGGUCUUUCAUCGUUGAGACGGAUGCAGAGCCGACUGCUUUAGGAGGACUGUUGAUCCAGCGAGGCUCCAACGGAGAAGAACGACCAUUGAGAUUUGAGAGUCGGACGCUCAACACAUCGGAGAGAAACUACUCUCAGUUCAAGCGCGAGAUCUUGGCAGUUCUUCACUGCUUGAGGAUUUUCAGGAACUACCUCUUCGGCAACAGGGAGGAUGAUGACUUUGAGGAAGGGGAGAUUAAGGAAGCAUUUCGAGCAGAGGAAUACGAGGGAGUAUACCUUGAACUCGGAAUGUUGUUGUCAUGUGAGAUGAAGGAAAGGUAUGCUUGCGCACGAGUCCUGAAGAUGAGGCCGAAUUUCCUUGUGAGGGAUGGUCAUCUGUUCAUGAGGAGCAAAGGAAGGGAUCCCAGGAGAGUAGUCUGUGACGUUGCUCGCCAGAUCGACGUUAUGGCGGCACUGCACGACGGUACUGCAGGUGGCUACAAAGGUGCAGAUACGACUUACCUCAAGAUACACGAGAUGUACUAUUGGGAUGGCAUGGGGCAGAUGACUGAUGACUAUUGUAAGUCUUGUGUACCAUGCCAAGAACGGCUUGCUCUCAGACCUAGAGAGCCGCUGCACCCGAGGUACGUUCAUGAGGUUGGAGCGGUCUUGCACCUGGAUCUAUUGGCAAUGCCAUUGGGAAUAGGGAGCUAUAACUUCAUCUUUGAUGCACGGGACAACCUCUCUGGGUUUGUGGAUGGCAGGGCCAUUCGCACAAAGACUGACGAGACGCUGGCAAAAUGCAUCGAAGAAUACUACCUUCGCUAUCCCUUCGUUUCUAGGUUUGUGAUGGAUAGGGGGUCCGAAUUCACAUGUGCGGAAGUAAAGGCUCUAUUGAAGAAGUAUGGGGUAAUUGCCGAAUACACCACUGCAGCGCACCCUCAGGCCAAUGCACCGGUGGAGAGAGGGCACAACACCAUCACAAACCUUCUCGCCAAGUGGACUAACAGCAAGCCCAAUCAGUGGCCGAACUUUCUGAGAGUCGCUUUCUUCGUAGACAAUAUCACCGUCAGGAGAAGCACUGGCUAUGCACCGGCCACGUUAUGGUAUGGCAGGCAUGCCACGUUUCCUAUCGAGAGCUUCCUAAAGACCUGGAGGCGGCAGGACCUCGAGACUGAUCUGACAUUUGAAGAACUGCUGGAUCUGAGGGCAUGUCAGAUUGGUGCUAUUGAGGACAGGAUUGAGGAAGCGGCAAGUAGGACAGCGGACAAUCGUACCAAGGACAAGUUCCGGUGGGAUAAGAUGGCGAGGGUGAGGAAAGAGUCUCUCAAGGUGGGAGACAUUGUGCUGUUGUAUGACUCGUCCCUGGAGAAGCAGUGGUCUCGGAAGUUAGACAAGAGGUGGUUGGGGCCGUACAGGAUCACCAGGUGUGGAGAGCACGGAGGCUACCAGAUCGAGGAGUUGAAUGAGACGGCAUGGAAGGAUUGGGUGUCAGGCUCGAGGCUAAAGAAGUUCGUGGCUCGCGACGAGGUGAGCAGGGACAUCACCAGUUAGAAUCACUCUCUGAGCGCUUCACAUAGGAGCAUUAGUAUAAGUAGAAUGUGUAGGACAAUG